CGCCCUCUUCUCCUCCUCGUCCUGUUCUCUCUUCUUCUUCUUUUUUUCAUUUUAAAUGCUAUUAUUCUAUUAGUAAUUUUGAAGCGAUGGUCUGUAGAGUCUGCGAUUUCCACAAAAAAAAAAAAGAUCCUUUUUUUUUUAGUUGCAAGAACCAUAUGAUGUGGAAAUAAACCAUAGGUUACCGUAGGAAUACUCUCUUUAUCCUCCCAUGAAUAGCUAAUCCCCAGAGGAACCGAGUAUUGGAUGCCAAUUUUGGGAAGUCAAGGAGCUGUGCCGAUUGCGGCAGAGAUGGUCAUACUGAUUGCAGAGUUUAAUUGCUGAUAUUACUUUUUAGUAAGUAAAAGCUAUUAAGUUGGUAAUUCUGGUAACAAAGAUAAGAUAAUAUGAAUUGUGGUUGCUUUCUGAUUCUUUCGAUGAUUUACAUCGAGGCUUUAAACAAUUAUGGAUACCUCUUGCUUAUACUCCCGGUUUAUUUAUUUGACAUAUAUAAAAGUUGUGAACUUUAUUACUGAGUAAUGUUUCAGAAACCUUCUAAGAAAAGUUUAGGAAUCAUACAUAAAAGAAUUCGGUUUUUUUUUUUUUUUAAGGAAUCAAUAUUUAAUCGUUUACUUAUUGGAUUAACAAUGUUAUCUGUUAGAAUUUGAGAGAUGUACUGGAGUAUCAAUGUAAAGCAGAUAUUCCUUUUUUGUUGACUGAGGUCCAUUUGAUAUUUGAUAUUUGACCUCUGUCAAGGAGAGUUAAAAUAGAAUAGAAACUGCCGAAUGUUCUACAAUGAAGGUAGCCAUACAUUGAGAGUUGAGGAGAAUAGAGCAAUUUUGAUCUGAAUGUAUAUUUCGGUGCUUUUUGGCAUAACAUCGGUGACUGCCUUUCUUUUCCUUGGGACCUUUGAUUACAUUACUUUUUCAACUCAAUUAUUAUAUGCUUGCUUUAUUUCUCAGGUUCCUACGCUUCAUUUGGUCUCCAAUAUUGGGGACAAGAGUUACAUCUUCAAUUUAACUUCAAGGACAAGCUUGCUUGAUGCCUUUACACUGCUUAAGGAUCUAUCUGUCUCUCGUGUCGCUAAUUAACAUACUCUAAAGAAAUGUGACAAAUAAUUUAUCUUUAUGGUUUUUCUAACAUAUAUAAGGCCCAACUGAUAUUUAAUAUUUUUUUUAUAAUGUAUGUCAUCAUAAGCAAAAAAAAUUAUCACCUUCAAGGUGAUAGACAUGUCCCUAUUUCUUACUUCAAUCAUAUCUCCUAGUACAAUUUUACCACUGUUAAAUUUGUAAGGGAUUGAAAAAGUUAAUUUUGUGAUAGAAAUAAAUCUUUAGCUCUAUAUAUAUGGCUAUAUUACAUUCAAUUACGAUGGUUUUCAUAUAUUUCCUCGAAAAGCAAUUGGGGGAUACAUGUCCGCUCUUCUUUUAAUAAAAAACUAUGACAAGUUGAAAGUAUCUUCAUGCAUCAACUACAGCCAAUAACCUCUCAUUCAUUAUAAAUAGAAUUUGAGGAUGUUUCUGUAAAAAAAGUGUUGUACAUGAAAUAUCUCGAAAGGUUUUAUGAACGAACAGUCUGAGGUUUUUUACUUGAUAUCUCUGUAAUAUUUGUUGUUUAUAUCUUAGUUGCUCUUUUUGUUUGCUAGAGUGCCUUCUCUCUUUGUUGUUUUAUUUAUAUUUUUUGUAUCUUCUGUAGUUUUGCAUUUUGGAACUUAUUGUAUUGAGAAAUUAUUGACACUUAAUAGAUCAAGUGCUUCUAAAUUUAAAAUUUUUCUAUAUUUGUUUCAUAGCAAUCAUCAAACUUUUGAACAUUCUUGUGAAUUACAUUGUUGAUUUUGCUAGUGAUGAUGCAUCUGUGCUACCUAUUUGGUGAUGGCUAACACAUUUGCUCUUGGUGCAGUCAUGCAGCUGUAUCAUCAUCCUUAUUCAAUGGACAGCCAGAAAGUGCGUAUAGCACUGGAAGAGAAGGGGAUUGAUUAUACAUCGUAUCAUGUUAAUCCUUUAACUGGGAAGAACAUGGAUGUUCCAUUCUUCCGCAUUAAUCCAUCUGCAAAGCUUCCAGUCUUCCAAAAUGGUUCUCAUAUCAUUUUCCAUGCCAUUGAUAUUAUCCAGUACAUAGAGAGGCUCUCAGUAUCUCUUAAUGGGGAGGAGAACCCCAUUAGUAGCAAAGUCAUGGAAUGGGUGGAGAGAAUCGAAAGUUGGAAUCCUAAAAUAUUCACUCUCACCCAUAUUCCAGACAAGUAUCGGCUGUUUGUUUCCAAAUUUAUCCGGCGUGUAGUGAUUAGUCGGAUGGUCGAAGCCCCAGAUUUAGCUUGUCUCUACCAUGUAAAGCUUCGAGAAGCCUAUGAAACAGAAGACAAUUUGAAGGGCCCAAUGAAUUUGCAGCAGAGUGAGGAAAAACUAUCUAGUCUUCUUGAUGAUGCAGAAAUACAACUGAGUGCGACAACAUAUUUGGUUGGUGAAGAUUUUACCACGGCAGAUUCCAUGUUUGUUCCAAUUCUGGCACGAAUAACUCUGCUAGAUCUAGAAGAGAAGUAUAUCAGUUGCAGGCCCAAAAUAACAGCUUAUUAUGACCUGGUAAAGCGGAGGCCAAGCUACAAAAAAGUGAUUGGGAAGUAUUUCGGUGGAUGGAGAAAGUAUCGAACACUUCUUAAAACAAUGUGCUUUCUUUGCAUCAGAAGCAUGUUUGGGAAGUACUAGAAAAUUGAGGGUGUCCAAGGUAGUUUGAAGACAUCAGUUUGUGCAGCAUACAAAUAAAACUGAUAUACUUGGGAUCUGCUUCAUCAUUGCCGGCAUAUUUCAUACAAAAUCUUCUGAAAAAUACAAGUAAAUAGUGAAGUUUUUUUUAUAUGGGUCAGUGAACACUUGGGUGAAGUUGCUAGUUCUUGUUCUUGUAGCUUUGGUACCCUCUCUUCCUUUUACAUCUGCCAUUAGCAAAAGAUAUUCUUCUGUGAAAUAAUGUUUUUCUUUUCAUUUUUAUUAGCAUUUCCUUCAUUUCAAAAAGUGGAGGUGAAGUUGCAUGUAUUAUUCUCUGCCUUCUUGUAAUAUACCAAAAUUUCUUACACACAAAGUUGAAUUGAGAUUUUAAAAAAGCAUAUACUAUUUUCA